CGGAAGCUCCCGCUGACCCCGCCCAGGACCUGGGAUGGGGCGCUCUGGGGACCCGCCUUCCUGCAGGGCUGGGCCGGCCCGAGGCUAUCGGAUCGCCAGGCGCCUGCUGGAGGCCGGACGAACUCCUUCACCUUGUCCCGGUCCUCCCGGCCCGGGAGCUCGGCGUCCGGGACCGCUGCUGUGCUUCCCGCCGAAACCGCUCAGGCGCGCCCCUGGCGGCCUGUGGCGGCGGCUGCGAGCUUGAGACCGCAGUUUCAACCUUCGUAUGAAGCGUUUGCCCACAGCCAGUUGAGUUUCAAUUUCAGGUUAAUAACAAGAGGAUGCACCUGGACUUUCCCCGGAGCCCUCUGCGUGUUUAAGCGUCCGGUGGAAUUGGGGGUCCUUUGGCUGUAAACUGCGCUUGCUUGCUGAAAAUAGGACUCAGCCCUGCUCCCCUCAGCGGACAGUUCCUUGCCUGCCAGGAGCAUCUCCGACUGUGGGCAUCCCCCGUUGUUCUUUAAGACUUGGUGGCAGUUCCCUUUACAUGGUCCCUAAUCCUCUGAAGUAGAAGAUGAUCAGCUGAAGUGAAGAAAGAUUAAACUACAGAAAGCAACACCCAAGCUUGUUUAACAUCUGUCCUGUCAAGUGUCCAUGAUGCUGGGCCCUGAGGGAGGUGAAGGCUUUGUGGUCAAGCUCCGUGGCCUGCCCUGGUCCUGCUCUAUUGAGGAUGUGCAGAAUUUCCUCUCCGACUGCACAAUUCAUGAUGGGGCUGCAGGUGUUCAUUUCAUCUACACUAGAGAAGGCAGGCAGAGUGGUGAGGCUUUUAUUGAACUUGAAUCAGAAGAUGAUGUAAAAAUGGCCCUUAAAAAAGACAGGGAAAGCAUGGGACACCGGUACAUUGAGGUGUUCAAGUCUCACAGAACCGAGAUGGAUUGGGUGUUGAAGCACAGCGGCCCAAACAGUGCCGACACCGCGAAUGAUGGCUUCGUGCGGCUUCGAGGACUCCCAUUUGGAUGCACCAAGGAAGAAAUUGUUCAGUUCUUCUCAGGGUUGGAAAUCGUGCCAAACGGGAUCACAUUGCCUGUGGACCCUGAGGGCAAGAUUACAGGGGAAGCCUUUGUGCAGUUUGCCUCGCAGGAGUUAGCUGAGAAGGCUCUAGGGAAGCACAAGGAGAGAAUAGGGCACAGGUAUAUUGAAGUGUUCAAGAGCAGUCAGGAAGAAGUUAGGUCAUACUCAGAUCCCCCUCUGAAGUUCAUGUCUGUGCAACGGCCAGGGCCUUAUGACCGCCCAGGUACAGCCAGGAGGUAUAUUGGCAUUGUCAAGCAAGCAGGCCUGGAGAGGAUGAGGUCUGGUGCUUACAGUGCAGGCUAUGGGGGCUAUGAGGAGUACAGUGGCCUCAGUGAUGGUUAUGGCUUCACCACUGACCUGUUUGGAAGAGACCUCAGUUACUGUCUCUCGGGCAUGUAUGACCACAGAUAUGGAGAUGGUGAGUUCACUGUCCAGAGCACCACUGGACACUGUGUCCACAUGAGGGGGCUGCCGUACAAAGCCACAGAGAACGACAUUUACAACUUCUUCUCUCCACUCAACCCCGUGAGAGUCCAUAUUGAGAUUGGCCCUGAUGGAAGAGUGACAGGCGAAGCUGAUGUUGAGUUUGCCACUCACGAAGAAGCCGUGGCAGCUAUGUCCAAAGACAGGGCCAACAUGCAACACAGAUACAUAGAACUUUUCUUGAAUUCCACAACAGGGGCCAGCAAUGGGGCAUAUAGCAGCCAGAUGAUGCAAGGCAUGGGGGUGUCAGCCCAGUCCACUUACAGUGGCCUCGAGAGCCAGUCAGUGAGUGGCUGUUAUGGGGCUGGCUACAGCGGCCAGAACAGCAUGGGUGGAUAUGACUAGUUUUGUAGGAGCAUUUGAGUUGUUUCAAUCAAAUUUUCACAGGCAGCCAACAAGCAGUGAAAAGCAGUUACUCUAGAGGGAGCUGUGGGACCCAUUUUGCACCAUGAGUUUGUGAAAUCUGGAUUAAAAGAAUUACCUCUUCAGUGUUUUCUCAUGCAAACUUUCUUCUAGCAUGUGAUAUUGAGUAAACUAAAACUAUUUUCAGCUUUUCUCAAUUAACAUUUUGGUAGUGUACUUCAGAGUGAUGUUAUCUGAGUUAAAGUAGUUUUAAGUACAUUAAAUGUGGAUCUUUUACACCACAUCACCGUGAACACAUUGGGGAGACGUGCUUUUUUGGAAAACUCAAGGUGCUAGAUCCCUAAUUCGAAGAGGAACAUUUCUCAUGUUUGUUCAUUCUAGUUUAUUUUCAUUUAAAAUCUUUUAGGUUAAGUUUAAGCUUUUUAAAAGUUAGUUUUGAAAAUUGAGACACAUUACUAAUACUGUAGGAAUUGGUGAGGCCUUGACUUAAAACUUUCUUUGUACUGUGAUUUCUUUUUGGGUGUAUUUUGCUAAGUGAAACUUGUUAAAAUUUUUGUUAACUAAAUUUUUUUCUUAAAAUAAAGACUUUUUCACAAUGACUGGCACAGACUAUCUACUCACCAGAAAGCAGCAAAAUGACUGGGUGAUUGAAGAGAAUUCAUUUUAAUACUACUGUAUUUCAGUGUGAAUUUCAAAAUAAUUUAGCAUGUGAAAUCCAUGAUUUCCCUUAUGUUCUUCCAAUGAGGCUAAAUUAAAAGUCAGGUUAAAAAAAUGUUAAAUAUGUGAGUGGUGGAAAUAGUGGUAGAAACACAUCCCGGAAAGAGAAAAUAGAAGCACACAGUCCCAGCCUCCUGUGACUUGUGCUCUGUUCUUCAGCCAUUUGUAAUGUCCUACUUUAUUCUGGAGUUGCAUCCAUUGCCAUAGCUAGGAAUCCUUAGUUUUUGGUGCCAAAUAGAUUGUGAGUCAUUAGCCAUAAUUUGUGUUUUAGGUUUUCUUUAUAGAGAAUGUGCUGAUUUGAACAUUCUUUUUUUUCAUACUUAGGAAUAUUUCUAUAGGGUACACUCCUGGGUUAGCAAUUACAAGUUAUUGCAGGAUACACGUUCUCAAGCUUGAGGCCUGUUUCCAAGUUGUUAUUAGAAAAUUGUCAUCCACUUAGCAGUGGAAAGCAGUGUACAAAUUACAGGCAGCUGUGCACACAGCAUGUUACCAUCACUAUGACAUACACUAAAUAAAACCGUCAAUACUUUAAAA